UCUCCGAUCCAUCACCGGAUCUUCUCAUAUGGAACCCGCCGCUUCCGGGUCACCGCAACCCUCAUCCCCAUCCACAUCAGCACCACCACCACCACCAAGCCGUUACGAGUCACAAAAACGCCGUGACUGGAACACGUUUCUACAAUACCUAAGAAACCACAAACCACCCUUAACGCUAACUCGCUGCAGCGGUGCACACGUGCUCGAGUUCCUCAAGUACUUAGACCAGUUCGGGAAAACCAAAGUCCACGUGGAAACCUGUCCUUUCUUUGGCCAUCCGGAUCCACCAUCUUCUUGCUCUUGUCCUCACAAGCAAGCUUGGGGAUCUCUCGACGCUUUGAUCGGACGGCUUAGGGCGGCUUACGAAGAAAACGGUGGACAGCCCGAUUCGAACCCGUUUGCUGCACGCGCCGUUAGGAUUUACUUGAGGGAAGUCAAAGAGAGUCAAGCUAAGGCUCGUGGGAUUCCUUAUGAGAAAAAGAAACGAAAACGUAAACCUACCGUUACCUCCGUUAGAUUGGAUGUGGAUUUAACGAGUAGUAUCGCCGGAGACGGGAGUAACGGUGAUUCUCCGGCUACCUCCGGAGCCGUACCUUCCCUAGGUUAAUUAUUAUUAGACCUAAUUUGCUUAUUAU